CGUUGCAUUCGUUCGGCGCGCUUCGAAGGAAUCUCAACUUACCACCAACCAAUCAACCUUGAAACGGCUAACCGAACAAAGGGUUUCAAAAAACCAAGUUUUCAACUUCAUUUUGUGUGAUUCUAAGCUUACCGUUGGCCAGUUGUCAAACAUUUAGUUCAUUUUCAGUUGCAAAAAGCGUGGCAUACAUUUACGUGCUCUCAUUGAGCCGAAUUCCAAGCUUAAUUGAAAAACUUUUUAAGGCACUUUCCCUUGAAAUCCGGACAUUGUGAAAUGUAAAAUCCAGUUAAACCAGUGAUUGCAUUCUAAGGGAAAUCUAUUACAGAACAAGACAGUUCGCUUGAAUAAGUUCAUUAAAUUUCCGUUUAAUAUACAUUUUGCGUGUUGUUAUAUUGACGUGCAGUUUCCCAUCAACGCGAGGCAAGAGUGAUAAGAGGAAAUGUUUAAUUUGAAGCGGGAACUGAGUCAAGGCUGCGCCUUGGCCCUCAUCUGCCUGGUGACUCUCCAGAUGCAGCAGCCCACCCAGGCGGAGGUGUCCUCAGCUCAAGGUGACCACCCAGUGCAGCCUCCGCCCGAGAAGCAAUCCUCUAAAGACUCUUUUGUAGGCACCCCCCUGAGCAAUCUGUAUGAUAAUCUGCUGCAGCGCGAGUACGCCGGACCCGUCGUGUUUCCCAACCACCAGGUGGAGCGCAAGGCCCAGCGUUCGCCCUCUUUGCGCCUCCGGUUCGGUCGCAGUGAUCCGGACAUGCUGAACAGUAUUGUGGAGAAACGUUGGUUCGGCGACGUCAACCAGAAGCCCAUCAGGUCGCCCUCCCUGCGUCUGCGAUUCGGCCGCCGGGAUCCCAGUCUGCCGCAGAUGCGAAGGACCGCCUAUGACGACCUCCUGGAGCGGGAGCUCACCCUCAACAGCCAGCAGCAGCAGCAGCUGGGUUCCGAGGCGGAUUCCGACCUGGGUGCCGACUACGACGGGCUGUACGAGCGAGUGGUGCGAAAGCCACAGCGUCUUCGCUGGGGACGCAGUGUUCCCCAGUUUGAGGCUAACAACGCGGACAAUGAACAAGUCGAACGAUCGCAGUGGUACAACUCGCUCUUGAACUCGGACAAAAUGCGCCGAAUGCUCGUGGCCCUCCAGCAGCAGUACGAAAUGCCCGAGAACCUGGCCAGCUAUGCCAACGAGGAGGAUACUGACGCGGAUCUGAACAGCGAUACGUCGGAGUUCCAAAGGGAAGUCCGUAAGCCGAUGCGCUUGCGGUGGGGACGGAGCACUGGAAAAGCUCCCUCAGAGCAAAAGCACACUCCCGAGGAAACCUCAUCAACCCCACCCAAGACACAGAACUAAACUAUUGUAAGACGCCAUGUGAAGGAUCAGCAGGAGAUUGGCAACAAUUGAAUGAAGUCGUCAGCAAGCUACACGGUCAAUAAGAUACAGAAAACAUAUAGGGCCCGCGUCGGAAAAGGCGAUUUAACGCAUUUUGAGAUCGCAUGGGCUAGAAAUACACACUAAUGAGCAUAUAUAUUAUACAUGCACACAUAUGAUUAACCACCUAGUUUUACUUUUGGUUUUCAGCUAGUAUUCAAGCAAACGAAAACCUAGAGAAAUAUUCUGUUGUAAUCUUUAACAAUGCGCAGGUAAAACAAGGUAACACAAAUUGAACCUAAAUUAAAGUGUAUUAAUUUCCAAUGACUUUACUUUUAUUUCAUUUUAUCAGUUGUUCAAUACUUCCGAGUUUGUACCAAUAGCCAAAAUUCAAAACAGCAAAAUCUCCCUAUUUCUAACAUGUUCAAUUAAGCAACUUUGAAUCCAUUUGAAUGCCCCGAAAAUCUUUAGACUCAAUGUAUAUAAAAAAAGUAUUAAAUCUUUUGAAAAUUAGCGCCAAUUUGUUAUGACAACGGUAGAAUGCCAUACAACUUAUUGUUCUAUUAAUGAAAAACUUCUUGAUUUCUAAACUAGUAAGCGAAUUUCGAUUUAACGUUACGAUGGAAAUGUUUGAAAAACAUAGAGGCCCCCGGAAGCUGUAUUACUGUAACACUUGUUAUAUUAUGUGUGCUAAAACUUAUAAAUACAUAUAUGUAUAUCAACUAUUAUAUCAUACGACUAUAUAUAUACGAUGAGCAUUGUCUAUUAAUAUUUUAUUGAUGUAUUUUAAUAAAAGGAGAAAACAAAUACAGAGGCGAACGAGCAUAAAGCUGAUUGUUGUUAGAACACUUUUGUAUAUUUAAUUUACACCAUCAUUGAAAUUAUUGUUUAACCACUAAAAUAUUAUGAAGAAAAUAUACUUUGUGGUGAGCCGGCUGCCAUAACCAGCUGAGUGCAAUUUUGCGCUGAAAAUUGCGAAACCCUUUCCCGCGAUAUAUAUCAGUAUAUACGCAUAUAUACCUUUAAAUGAGUGUAAUAUCAUGAAUGUAAAUAAAAGAGCAGGAAUAAUUAAAAGCAACCAUAUUUUACUCGAUCUAUGCAACAAAUAAAUAACUCAGAUGGAGUAAAAA